AUGUUUUCGAAAAACACUAGCCCGUCAGAUGUGAAACUGUUCGCUGCAAACGGAUCUCCCAUCGAUACAUUCGGAGAAAAGCUUCUGAAUCUCGAUUUCGGACGACGUGCCUUUAAAUGGAAAUUUUGCAUCGCCCGAGUCAACCGACCGAUCCUUGGGGCAGAUUUCUUGCGACAUUUCGGAUUACUUGUUGACAUCAAGAACAAACGACUGUUAGACUCUAACACAUCCCUCAGUUCAACAGCAUACAGAUUCAGAGGCGUCGAUCCGACAAUAUCAACGAUCGAUCCGAACAACUCUUACCAUCGACUUCUAGCACAGUUUCCCGAAAUAACAACGACCGUCUUGCAGCCUACGACGAUCAGCCCGCAGGUAUGUCAUCAUAUCAUUACAACCGGACCACCGGUUCCGGAAAAACCCCGACGACUGCCUCCCGACAAAUAUAAAGCAGCUAAGGCCGAAUUCGAAUAUAUGAUGGAAAAAGGCAUCUGCAGGCCAUCGAACAAGGAGGGGCAAGUCCAUUGUUGCUAA